AACCUCACAACUGAUAAUACGGCCGCAGCUGGUGCUAAAGAGCCUAGCACCACGGGAUCACAUCUGAACAAAGGCAAAACAUCACAACAGCAACAACAACAUCAACCGACUUCGGUCAUAAUCUUAACAAGAGCAAUAUCACUCAAACCAGCGACAGCAAACAAAAGCCUCCGAAGAACAGUAUCAUGGAUCUAUUCCAAGCACAACGACUCAAGAGUGCCGAGGAACAACUCACUGGAGCUAAUAUGGUUAAACUAAUCAUGGACAGUUGCUCAGGAUCGGAACACUUGAAAAAGAAAAGGAGGGCCAACUGGAAAUAACAGCAACAAUACUAACAAUAAUAACCAGCAGCAAGUGGGCCAACUCAUCAACACCUGAAGCUGACAAAUCAUCUUCAGCCGCGCUGGAAACCAGUUUACUGUUUCCCAUGUGUUUGGAGAGUGCAUGUACAAUGCGGAAGAGAUCCUCAACUCGUUCAACAGUCUCUCCUCUCAAAGUGAAGCAAAAGUCACCGACAUGUUGGGAGGCAUCACAAACGAGUUGGCCAAAAGCCCACUGGAGAAAGAUGAAGAUGGAGCACAGGUUCUGUACCAAAAUGCUGCAAAAGUACAGCAGAAAGGAGACACCGUCAUGACAACAGUGCAGAAGUAUGCGCAGUACUUGAUGGUCUUGUGCUGUAGUCACCGAGUGCAGGCCUUCUUCAUGUUUUCAAUCUACCCCACUCGUAGCGGCAGAGCCAGUCAGGAGAAGCAACUCAACGGAGGCACUGGAUCAGGAAGCGCGGUGGAUCUGAGCACCAACUCCAAGUUCCUCACCAUGACUCUCAGAGCUCUAAAUGUGUCCCCCCUUACCCAGGUGUCUCAAAAGGGCUACUGUCUCAGCAUGGGCUACUCUAGCUUCCUGCGCAGGUACAAGAUGCUCACGCAGUACACGUGGCCUGCAUUCAACGGCAAGAGCGACCUGCACGGAAUUCUGCUCAUGCUUUACAUGCUCGGUCUACAGGACACUUGUGAGCUGGGAAAAAGAAUGAUACACGUGCAGUCUAUAGAAACACUCGCCCAACUGGAACAUAUGCGGGCGACAAUGCUACCAGCUGUGAUCAAGUUCUUGCAGAAGAUGUGGCGAGGGGCGAUAGCGAGACAGCGCUACAAGAUCUUCUACGCCAUGUUCAAAAUUGUGCGUAAGUUUCGCGCCUGGAAGUUCAAGAUUUACCUGCUGACCUUAAUCAGGCGCUUCAGCGGAGUGCGGGAAAUGCAGGAUUUCGGCAAGAGUCUUGACUGGCCCGAGGCACCCUUCAUUCUCCGCAAAUUCCAUGUCAAACUACACAACACCUUCCGCAGAUGGCGUCUGAGACAACGUCUGAAGAGUAUAACAAUUGAAGAGUGGCCUGAGAUCAAGUGUAAGAUAGCUGCCCUGGAUGUGGUGGGCAACAAGAGGGACCUGGGACUGAACAGACGAUGGCAGGCCAACUACCUGGCAGACACGCAAGAGAACUCACGAGCAGUUGUAUUCGUCGCCUCAGUCAACAACAUCAUGCACAAGAACCACUCUGGGGCCCUCAUCUUCUCCUCCUUCAUCCGCAAGAUGAGCACCAGGGGCAAGACAGUGGAGAGGGCGAUUGUGUUCACGGAGCACACUGUGUACAAACUGGACCCCAGGAGAGACUUCAAACUCCUCAAGGCCAUCGAGCUGGACGAGAUAUGUGAAGUAGUUGUCACAGACGGGGAGGAUCAGCUGGUUGUUUUGCGCACAACUGACAACUAUGACGUGGCCAUCACUCUGGAGAACAACAAGGACGAGAACAGAGUGCCGGAACUGCUGGGAGCACUGCGCCUAAACGCCAAAGUGCAACAGAGGAAAGUACAGGGAACCAAUGCAGUACACCACCACAACACAUCAUACUCGAAUGCAGACCCAACCAAUAGUGGGUACGGGGAGGACGACGAACCCCUCAGGUUCACGGUGACUAAGCCUCCAAUAGAGUGUAUGAUCAACUCUUCAAAACACACGAUUCAUGUGGAAGUGUUGGAGAACAAACAUUCGCCGGGUUCAGGUGGGGGCGCUGGUUCCUCUGAAGAUGGGUCCAAAGAUGGGGGACUGCUGAGUCACUCUGUCACUGAUGCGAAGUUCCGCAAAGAAAGUGGAUCUAAGAAGAUCAUUAUGGAGUACAUGGCACCACCGGCUAAGAAAGUUGCAGCCAAACUGGCCAAGAACAACAAGGCUGCCCAACCCACUGGAGCAGGGGCGAAGACAGGUCAGGGCAUAAAAAUGCAAGACAAAGGAGGAAAGGGAGGAUUUGUAGGAGAAGGUGUGAAGAGGAGUGAACGAAGUGUGAUCAAAGUAGAAGAGGUGGUUUCUCCUUUGGGAUCAGAAGAUGCAAAUGAGUCAUCCACUCUUCUCUAGAAUAUUCUAGAAUAAUAAAAACUGAACUUGCAGAUCAACACCUAGGACGUUUGUUCACCUAGGACACCAGUAUCAUCAAAAAACAAAACCGCAAAUACUGAAGUUAUACUAUAUCCUGUAUUAUGAUUCUUAUGUCAUAUCCAUCACAUGUCACAAUCAAAUAUAUGACAGAUCUUCAUUUGAAAAAUUGAAUGCAUAAUUUUUGGGAUACCAAGACAAAUUGAAGAUCUGUUUUGAAAACUUUUCUAGUCACUCAUCCUAAGUAGCACUCAUUCAUUAUUGCUUUGGCAAAAUUUAGUGAUCAAUAAGUUCAAUAGAAAGUGAUAGCCAGCAAUUAUCCCCAUAUCUAUUUAAAGACAGAGCUAAUUCUUUACCAAACUGCCUUCUCAAAUCAAGCUUAAUCACAAAUUAUAAAUUAGCUCGAUAUUGCUUAUUAAUAACCAUAACCCUUGAAAUUCAAUU